UUUUUUUUUUGUUUUUUCGCAUGAUUAUGAAUUCUAACCUGGUUGUCAAAAAAAAUGUAUCGAGUGUUCAAAACCAUUGUAAAACCUAUUAAACCGUUUUCGGCUUCUGCAUUUUCUCGAGGCUUUCACGUAUCGAGACCAGCGUCACAAGUGAUUGCUUCACAACCAUUAAGAGCAAAAGAGGCACCUUCUACAAUUUCUAGCAAAUAUCCGGUUAUCGAUCAUACAUAUGACGCUAUUGUUGUAGGUGCUGGUGGUUCUGGUUUGCGUUCCGCUUUUGGUCUUGCAGAGGCCGGUUUUAAUACAGCUUGCAUUACAAAAAUAUUUCCAACAAGGUCACAUACUGUCGCGGCACAGGGUGGUAUUAAUGCUGCCCUAGGAAAUAUGACUGAAGAUGAUUGGCGUUGGCACAUGUAUGAUACAGUGAAAGGUAGUGAUUGGCUUGGUGAUCAAGAUGCGAUACAUUAUAUGUGUCGUGAAGCUCCAAAAACUGUUAUUGAAUUAGAACAUUAUGGUGUACCAUUUUCUCGAACUGAUGAGGGCAAAAUUUAUCAAAGAGCUUUUGGCGGACAAAGUCUAAAAUUUGGUCAAGGUGGCCAGGCAUAUCGUUGUGCUGCGGUGGCUGAUCGUACUGGUCACGCUCUUUUACAUACGCUAUAUGGACAAUCUUUGAAACAUAAUACCAAUUUUUUUAUUGAAUAUUUUGCUAUGGAUUUAAUGAUGGAAGAUGGUGUAUGUCGUGGUGUUAUUGCUCUUAAUCAAGAAGAUGGUACUUUACACCGAUUCCGUGCUCACAAAACUGUAUUAGCCACCGGUGGAUAUGGUCGUACUUAUUUCUCGUGUACCAGUGCACAUACUUGUACCGGAGACGGAAAUGCUAUGAUCACUCGAGCUGGACUCCCUUUGCAAGACUUAGAAUUUGUACAAUUUCACCCUACUGGCAUUUAUGGAGCUGGCUGCUUGAUCACGGAAGGCGCCAGAGGCGAAGGUGGUUAUUUACUAAAUUCUAAAGGUGAACGUUUUAUGGAACGUUAUGCACCUACUGCAAAAGAUUUAGCUUCUAGAGACGUCGUAUCCCGUUCAAUGACUAUGGAAAUCCGCGAUGGGCGUGGUGUUGGUCCCGAAGCUGACCAUAUUUAUUUACAGCUUUCGCAUUUACCUGCGGAAGUUUUACAUGAACGUUUGCCGGGUAUUUCCGAAACCGCCGCUAUUUUUGCCGGUGUUAAUGUGACUAAAGAACCGAUUCCAGUAUUACCUACCGUACAUUAUAACAUGGGUGGUAUACCUACACGAUACACUGGUGAAGUUUUGACUAUUGAUGAGAAAGGAAAUGACAAACUUGUUCCUGGUCUUUAUGCAGCUGGCGAGGCUGCUUGUGUAUCAGUUCAUGGUGCUAAUCGUUUAGGUGCCAAUUCAUUGCUCGAUAUUGUUGUCUUUGGUCGUGCUUGUGCACAUCACAUAAAAGAUACUUUAGAACCAGGAAUGCCUCAUAAACCAUUAUCAUCAGAUGCGGGAGCUGAAUCUAUUGCUAAUCUAGAUAAACUUCGAAAUGCAUCUGGAUCAAAGAGGACUGCAGAAAUCCGUUUGAAUAUGCAAAAAGCUAUGCAACGUGAUGCGGCAGUUUUCCGAACACAGGAAUCUUUGGACGAGGGUGUCAAAAAUAUUGACAAAAUUUUCAAAUCAUUUGAAGACGUAAAUGUUGAGGACCGAUCCAUGAUUUGGAAUUCUGAUCUUAUUGAAACUUUAGAAUUACAAAAUCUUUUGACCAAUGCUGCUCAGACAAUGCACGCAGCAGCAGUUAGAAAAGAAUCCCGUGGUGCUCAUGCGCGAGAAGAUUAUCAAACUCGUAAUGAUGAAGAGUGGAUGAAACAUACAUUAUCGUGGCAAGAUCAAAACACAGGAAUGGUUAAAUUAAGAUAUCGCCCUGUAACGUCUAAGACUUUAGAUGAAACCGAAAUCGCUAGUAUUCCUCCGAAGGCUAGAGUAUAUUAAAAAGUAUUUUGAUUUAAAUUUAUUUAUUUAUGAGUAUAUGGACUUUUCUUGACGAUUUAUUAUAUUAACGUCAAUUUCGGCUUAAGACAAAAAUUCCAACGCACAUAACAAUUAUUACUUUUUAAUAAUUGAGAAAUAAUGAAUUGAAAAAAAUACAUCAUAAUGAUAUUAAAUAAAUAUAUAAAUAAAAAAAUUUGUUACUCCCAUUCUUAUUUAUCUGCAGAACUUAAGUUAUAUACAUACUGUACAUAACUUAUACAUAUAUCUAUUUCAAGUUUCAAAUUUAUAAUAAUAUUACACAAAAUAAACCUAA